ACAUGUUCUCUGGGCCAAUCUCGGAAGGGGACAGCAUGACCCUGCAAUGCACCAAGUCAGCAGGACACUGGAAGAUGGUGGUGUGGGACGAGGAGGGCUUCCAGGGCCGGCGGCAUGAGUUCACGGCUGAGUGCCCCAGCGUGCUGGAACUUGGCUUUGAGACUGUGCGAUCUUUGAAAGUGCUGAGCGGAGCGUGGGUGGGCUUCGAACAUGCCGGCUUCCAGGGGCAGCAGUACGUGCUGGAGCGGGGCGAGUACCCAUGCUGGGAUGCCUGGAGCGGCAACACGGCCUACCCCGCCGAGAGGCUCACCUCCUUCCGGCCCGUGGCCUGCGCUAACCACCGUGACUCGAGGCUGACCAUCUUCGAGCAAGAAAACUUCCUGGGCAAGAAAGGAGAGCUGAGCGAUGACUAUCCCUCUCUCCAGGCCAUGGGCUGGGAAGGCAAUGAAGUGGGCUCCUUCCAUGUCCACUCUGGGGCCUGGGUCUGCUCCCAGUUUCCUGGCUACCGAGGUUUUCAGUAUGUGCUGGAGUGCGAUCACCACUCGGGCGACUACAAGCAUUUCCGGGAGUGGGGCACCCACGCCCAGACCUUCCAAGUGCAGAGCAUCCGCAGGAUCCAGCAGUGAGCGGGGGCCCGGCACGGAGGAGCGCAUGCGUGCUUGUCCGCCGUGGAGGCACGCUGGAGGCUGUCACGUGCUCUCUCUGCCUUCCCCUGUAACCCCUGUGAACCCAGCAUCCAUGUGAGCCAGGCCAUGCACAGUCAGCACAAAAAACUCAAAGUAAUAAAAAAAAGAAGGUCCAGUAUUA